AUGAGCGGCCGUCCAAGGACCACCUCUUUUGCUGAGGGGACUAAACCUCCCGCAAAUCCGCCCCUGGGUGGCAUGAAGAUCAGCAGCAAGGAUGGAAGUAAAGUUACCACCGUGGUUGCCACUCCUGGUGCUGGUCCAGAUCAUCCACAGGAAGUGGCAUAUACUGAUACCAAAGUAAUUGGUAAUGGGAGUUUUGGAGUUGUAUAUCAAGCUAAACUCUGCGACAAUGGUGAAAUGGUGGCGAUCAAGAAAGUGCUACAAGAUAAAAGGUUCAAGAAUAGAGAACUCCAAAUAAUGCGACGAUUGGAACAUUGUAAUAUCGUUAAACUUAAAUACUUCUUCUACUCUAGUGGUGAUAAGAAGGAUGAAGUUUAUCUCAAUCUUGUGCUGGAAUAUAUACCGGAAACAGUGUAUAAAGUCGCGCGGCAUUACAGCAAGAGUAAACAAACGAUACCGAUGAGUUAUAUUAAGCUUUAUAUGUAUCAACUGUUUCGAUCGUUGGCAUAUAUUCAUUCACUAGGAAUUUGUCACAGAGACAUAAAGCCACAAAACUUACUCCUAGACCCAGAGAGCGGUGUAUUGAAACUCUGUGAUUUUGGUUCAGCUAAGCAUCUCAUCAGAGGAGAGCCUAACGUGUCUUACAUCUGUAGUCGUUAUUAUCGAGCACCAGAACUCAUUUUCGGUGCUAUCGAUUAUACUACGAAAAUCGAUGUUUGGAGCGCUGGUUGUGUAUUAGCAGAGUUAUUACUCGGUCAACCAAUUUUCCCCGGUGAUAGUGGUGUUGAUCAGCUUGUAGAAAUAAUUAAAGUUCUCGGUACACCGACACGUGACCAAAUUCGCGAGAUGAAUCCAAACUAUACAGAAUUUAAAUUUCCCCAGAUUAAGUCACACCCUUGGCAAAAGGUAUUCCGAGCCCGUACUCCGCCAGAAGCAAUGGAUUUAGUAUCUCGGCUCCUUGAAUACACACCACCAUUACGAAUAACACCUCUGGCUGCAUGUGCUCAUCAGUUCUUUAAUGAAUUACGAGAUCAAGGAACACUAUUGCCAAAUGGCCGUGAAUUACCACCAUUAUUUAAUUUUACUGAACAAGAAUUGCGAAUUCAGCCGAAUUUAAAUUCGCAAUUAUUACCUAAAUAUAUGCGAUCGUCGGAAACGACUACCGAUGGUGGACAGCCAACAGAAACUACGACGGCCACUGCAUCUGCCAGUGGUAAUUCAACUGAUAGCAAUGUUAACACGACAACACCUUCCGUCACACAAAAUGCAGAUGCUAAUCAAUCGACCAUGGCUUAA